AUGAUUACUUCUCAGUUGCAGGUGUAUGUGGCAAUAUUGAAUUUUUGUGCCUUAAAAGUUAACAUUCUGGUUGGUGCUUUGGACACUUUUAUUGCUGCAGUAUAUGAGCAUGCUGUUAUAUUACCAAACAAAACAGAAAUGCCUGUUUCCAAGGAAGAAGCUUUGCUCUACAUGAACAAGAACAUCGAUGUUUUGGAGAAAGCAGUUAAACUGGCGGCCAGGAUGGGCGCUCACAUAAUUGUGACCCCAGAAGAUGGAAUUUAUGGCUGGGAGUUCACAAGGGAGACCAUUUACCCAUAUUUGGAGGGUAUUCCAGCCCCUGAAGUGAACUGGACUCCAUGUAAAGACCCCAAGAGGUUUGGCUAUACCCCAGUUCAAGAAAGACUCAGCUGUCUGGCCAAGCAGAACUCCAUCUAUGUUGUGGCAAAUAUUGGGGACAAGAAAGCAUGCAAUGCCAGUGAUCCUCAGUGCCCCCCUGAUGGUCGUUACCAGUACAACACCAAUGUGGUAUUUGAUUCUCAGGGUAAGCUGGUGGCACGAUAUCAUAAGUACAAUCUUUUUGAACCUGAAAUACAGUUCAAUUUCCCCGAGGAUUCAAAAGUUGUGACUUUCAACACUCCCUUUGGGAAGUUCGGCAUCUUCACCUGCUUCGACAUUUUUUCCCAUCACCCAGCUGUGGUAGUGGUGGAAGAGUUUCAGGUUGACAGCAUUGUUUUCCCCUUGGCAUGGUACAACACGCUGCCACUCCUCUCUGCUGUACCCUUUCAGUCAUCAUGGGCCAGAGCUAUGAGAGUCAACCUACUUGCUGCAAACACCCACAAUACCAGAAUGCACAUGACAGGGAGUGGAAUCUACGCACCGGAAGCAGUCAAAGUCUAUCACUAUGAUAUGGAAACACACAGUGGGCAGCUGAUGCUCUCUGAACUGAAGUCCAGGCCUCAGAGUGAUCCCGCUUACCCCACACCAGUUGACUGGAGCGCUUUUGCCAGAGGUGUCACGCCUUUCUCCUCUGCACAGUCGGAUUUUCCAGGGACAAUUUAUUUUGAUGAGUUCACUUUCACGGAGCUUAAGCAGAACACAGGAAAUUACACAGUUUGCCAGAAAGACUUAUGUUGUCACCUGACCUACCAGAUGUCCGAGAAGCGAGCAGAUGAAGUGUACGCUCUAGGUGCUUUUGACGGGCUGCACACAGUCGAAGGACAAUAUUACUUACAGAUAUGCACACUGCUGAAGUGUCACACCCCAGACCUGAGGACGUGUGGGGAGCCUGUGGGGUCAGCUUUUACCAAGUUUGAGGAAUUCUCCCUCAGUGGCACAUUUGGAACCAGAUACGUUUUCCCACAGAUCCUUCUCAGUGGGAGUCAGCUUGCCCCUGAAAGAUACUACGAGAUUUUAAGAGAUGGACGCCUGAAGAGCCGAAGUGGAACCCCUUUGCCUAUCUUGGUUAUGGCCUUGUAUGGAAGAGUGUUUGAGAAGGAUCCUCCACGCUUAGGGCAGGGACCUAAGAAAUUGCAAUGA